AUGCGUAUUUUGGCAUUAUUAUUACCUCUACAGCUUCUGGCAUUUGCUUAUGUGACAAAUGCCAGGACGGCCAAACGCUCUGAUGUCUAUAUAGCAGGAUUUUUCCCCUACGGUGAUGGUGUUGAAAAUUCGGAUACAGGACGUGGUGUUAUGCCAAGUGUAAAACUGGCAUUGUCACAUGUCAAUGAACAUCCCAGAAUAUUGACAAAUUACAGAUUGCACAUGUGGUGGAAUGACACUGAAUGUAAUGCAGCAGUUGGUGUCAAGUCGUUUUUUGAUAUGAUGCAUUCGGGACCGAAUAAACUGAUGUUAUUUGGCGCUGCAUGUACACAUGUUACGGAUCCCAUAGCCAAGGCCAGCAAACAUUGGCAUUUAACGCAGCUUUCGUAUGCCGAUACCCAUCCCAUGUUUACUAAAGAUGCUUUUCCCAAUUUCUUUCGUGUGGUACCAUCAGAAAAUGCAUUUAAUGCUCCACGCUUAGCAUUGCUAAAAGAAUUCAAUUGGACCCGUGUUGGAACUUUAUAUCAAAAUGAACCACGAUAUUCCUUGCCUCAUAAUCACAUGGUGGCGGAUUUAGAUGCAAUGGAAUUGGAUGUGGUCGAAACACAAAGUUUUGUAAAUGAUGUGAGUGAAUCACUAAAGAAGUUAAGGGAAAAGGAUGUUCGUAUCAUAUUGGGUAAUUUCAACGAGCACUUUGCGCGCAAAGUCUUUUGCGAUGCGUAUAAACUGGAAAUGUAUGGUCGUGCAUAUCAAUGGUUAAUCAUGGCUACAUAUUCGGGUGAAUGGUGGAAUACUACUCUAGAUACAGAUUGCUCUGUAGAAGAAAUAUCUACGGCUUUAGAGGGUACAAUCAUGGUCGAUUUAUUGCCAUUAUCUACAAGUGGAGAUAUAACAAUUGCGGGAAUAACUGCCGAUGAAUAUUUAUCGGAAUAUGAUAGUUUACGUGGAAAUGAAUAUUCACGUUUUCACGGCUACACUUACGAUGGUAUAUGGGCUGCUGCAUUAGCCAUUCAAUAUGUGGCUCAGAAACGUGAAGAUUUCUUAACACAUUUCGACUACCGUGUUAAAGAAUGGGAAAGUGUUUUUCUAGAGGCUUUAAGAAAUACCUCAUUUGAGGGAGUAACGGGACCUGUGCGCUUUUAUAACAAUGAACGUAAAGCCAAUAUAUUAAUAAGUCAGUUUCAAUUGGGUCUUGUAGAAAAAAUCGGAGAAUAUCACUCCCAAUUGAGUCGUUUGGAUUUGACUUUAGGUAAACCAGUAAGAUGGACUGGAAAAACACCGCCGAAAGAUCGUACGUUAAUAUAUAUUGAACAUAGUCAAGUGAAUUUAACAAUUUAUAUAAUAUCGGCAAGUGCUUCUGUGAUCGGUGUAAUUAUAGCUUGUGUAUUCCUGGCAUUUAAUAUAAAGUACCGCAAUCAAAGAUAUAUCAAAAUGUCCAGUCCACAUCUGAAUAAUUUAAUCAUAGUGGGUUGUAUUUUGACCUAUUUAAGUGUAAUAUUUUUGGGACUGGAUACAACAUUGAGCAGUGUGUCAGCCUUCCCAUAUAUAUGUACUGCAAGAGCUUGGAUUUUAAUGGCUGGUUUUAGUUUAGCAUUCGGUGCUAUGUUUUCAAAAACAUGGAGAGUUCAUUCAAUCUUUACGGAUUUAAAAUUAAAUAAGAAGGUUAUAAAAGAUUAUCAAUUGUUUAUGGUGGUGGGAGUGUUAUUGGCAAUAGAUAUUGCGAUUAUCACAACGUGGCAAAUUGCGGAUCCAUUUUACCGGGAUACCAAACAAUUGGAACCCAGGCAUCAUGAAAAUAUUGAUGAUGUCUUAGUUAUACCAGAAAAUGAAUAUUGUCAAUCAGAACAUAUGACAAUUUUCGUUAGUAUUAUUUACGCCUACAAGGGUCUACUUUUGGUAUUUGGAGCAUUUUUAGCUUGGGAAACACGUCAUGUUUCAAUACCAGCUUUAAAUGAUUCAAAACACAUUGGAUUUUCCGUUUACAACGUGUUCAUUACAUGUAUUGCGGGUGCUGCUAUUUCCCUAGUGUUGUCGGAUCGCAAGGACUUGGUUUUUGUCUUACUCUCAUUUUUUAUAAUUUUUUGUACGACAGCAACUUUGUGUUUGGUGUUCGUACCGAAAGUAAGACUGGUACUCGUGGAAAUGAAACGUAAUCCUCAAGGUGUGGUCGACAAACGCGUAAGAGCCACUCUUCGACCAAUGUCCAAAAAUCGUCGUGACUCUUCGGUUUGUGAAUUGGAACAACGUUUACGUGAUGUUAAAAACACAAAUUGUCGUUUCCGCAAAGCUUUGAUGGAGAAGGAGAAUGAGUUGCAAGCACUUAUUAAAAAAUUAGGGCCAGAAGCUAGGAAAUGGAUAGAUGGUGUUACUUGUGGUUCAGGUGGUAGCAUUGGAGGUGACACAGAACCAAUAUUAGGUGGUAGUAAUGGCGGUGGAAUAAAUGAUACGUCCAGAUUAUCAGCACCUCCUGUCAGAAGGGAAAUGCCUAGUACUACUGAAAUAACUGAACUGACGUCAGUAGAUAGUGUUACAUCUACUCAUGUUGAACUGGACAACUCAGUAAUAUCCGUUCAGUCGACAACUGUUGCUCCAUCUUUGCCACCUAAGAAAAAUGUCAAACGCCAGGAGAGCAUUGCGGUGCAGUCAUCAACAAUUAAACCCCAACAAGUUAUGCAACAACCCAUACAACAACAAUUGCAACAACAACUUCAGCAGCAGGCACAAUUUCAACAGCAGCAACAACAAGCUAAAAUCUGCAACGAUACUCGGCGUCAUGUCGACAAACGUAAUUCGGUCUCAGCUCAGACCGAUGUGAGUAUUGGGUCAAUGUCCAGCUUGAAAAGACAAGAGUGUAACAACAUACAUCGCGAUGAAUCUAACCUAAGAGAAAGAAGACAAUCAACAACAUCUUCAAGGCAUUAUGAAAAUGGUACCCAAACUCCGACAACAAGAACGAAAUACACGAAUAAUAAUCACAGAAAUUCAUCGACAAAUAUAUCAACAUCACAGAGUGAACUUAAUAACGUGUGUCCACAUGGGGGACACGGAAAAAACAAUAAUGUUGUUAAAACUCCUGUAACAUCAGAUAACCGUCGAGUUAGUAUGGGAUCAGCGUUAAAAUCAAACUUCGUUGUCUCUCAAAGUGAUCUUUGGGAUACACAUACUCUGUCGCAUGCCAAACAACAUUCGCGACAGUCACCACGCAACUACGCUAGCCCUCAACGCUGCUCCGAACACAGUCACAUAAUACCAUCAACGUAUGAUCAAAUGACAUCGCCAAUACAACGUUCCGUAUCAGAAAAAAAUCGCAACAAACAUAGGCAUAAACCACAAAAAGGGACAGUAUGUCAGAGUGAAACGGAUAGCGAACGAGAGCGAGAACCAACACCACCCAGUACUCAAUGUGUACAACAACGUAAAAUAAAUCGCACAAAUAUACAACAUGCCGCACAUCAUCAUUCAUCGCCAAAUGUGGCACCCGAUAAGCAGCGUUCUGCGAAACAUCGUGGAAUUAAAACCGACUCUUCAUCCAUGUAUGGUGCAAGUUCUGAGACGGAAUUAUUAGAUGGAGAAACGGCUAUUUUACCUAUAUUCCGUAAACUACUAACGGAAAAGAGUCCCAACUAUCGUGGCCGCAAUGUUGUCGGACAGAGUUGUCCAAAUAUAUCAAUUAAAUGCGAUAUAGUCGAAUAUUUGUAGUUAUACAUAAGCAAUGUUAUUUCUUUUAACUCGAAACAUAAUUUUAAUAGAAUUUAAUUCAAGCUUUUUGUUUUCCAAAUAAAAAGUAUUCGUCAAGUAAAAAAAAAUUGAAAAAAUUUUAACAAAAUGCAUGCAAUUUCCUAUACAUAUAAUAAUAUAUAGAGUUAGUUAAAUUGAUGUUUUAAAAACUAAGAAAUAAAUUAAAAAUUAACAAAAAUAAAGAA